AUGACAGCGACAUCUCCAUCUUCGUCCUCCCCUGCCAUACCCACCCCUUCCGCGCUCACUUCCCUCAUCGCCGCCUCCGCCUCUCCCAAUCCGCUCUCCGCAAGCACCAUCCAAAUCCUCCACAACCUCCAGCACCAGCAUCUCUGGACAUCGCUGAAAGUACACGACAUCCCGAUCCCCACAUCGAACCCUCCCUCGACAGAUGAUGCAUCCUCGGCCCUGUUCCUGAUCUCCGGAAUUCCUCCGCACCGCGUCUACACCCACCCCGACGAGCAGCUGUACAUGCUGCAGAAGGGACUGCGCGAGGACGACGUCGAGCUGGAGCGCAUGUUCGUGCUUCCCACUGUGCAUGGACAAUCGUGGAGUCUGCGCAAGCUGGCGGCGGUGUUUGACUCGCUUCCUGACAGCGCCGAGGAAGAUCUAGGGGACGAGGGUGAGGAGCGUGCUGGUUCGCAGAACGGGGAGAAGGCUGCACAACUAGCCGAGUAUUACGAAUAUAGGCGGAAGGCUCGUCAGACUGGGGAGUGGGGCACAAAGAGACUGCUCUUGGCCAUGGUGGAUAAGAGCAUGGGCGGCGACGGCACGGUGGUCUACUAUAUCGUCCAGGAGGGCGCCGUCAAGCCCCGGCAGAAUUAA